UAAAAUUUUAAGAAAUUUACAUAUUUUUUGUUUGUUUUUCUUCUAUAUUUAUUAAAUCAUACAUUAAUCUCGAAAAUAAUAAAACUUUAUCAAAUAUAUUAUAUUUUUUAUAUUAUUUUUUUAUACUAUUAUUUUCUAUUUUAAAAUUUAUACGAAAAGUUUAGUUAUUACGUCGAUUUAGUUAUAUCGAGAUAUACAAUAUUUAUACAAGAAAGAAAACUGCUUAUCAGUAACAUAUUUGCAUUAUUGUCAUCAUCAUUAUAAUCAUCUAUACCAAGAUUUUGUAAAAUGGCUCAAAGUGCUGCUUUGUUGACACGUAUAAUAGCAUCUUCCGUGUCCGCUACUGUACAAGCCGGUAAAAUAAUUCGAGAUGUUUUAAAUACAGGCGGAUUAAACAUAGUAGAGAAGGGUAAGAAUGAUUUGCAAACGGAGGCAGAUCGUUGCGCUCAACGAUGCAUCAUAACAUCACUGAGUUAUCAGUUUCCAAAUAUAACAAUUAUCGGUGAGGAAGAGCCAUCCAGUUGCGAGGUACCUUCUGAAUGGAUCAUCACGGAAGCAGAUCAAGAGGUAUUGCAACUGAAGCUACCAUCCCACCUAGAGGAUGUUAAUCCCAAGGAUGUGUGCGUUUGGGUGGACCCUCUGGAUGGUACAGCGGAAUAUACACAAGGGCUAGUAGAACAUGUCACAGUAUUGGUUGGUGUGGCGAUCGGUAAGACAGCGAUUGGAGGUGUAAUACAUCAACCAUAUUAUAUGAAUGAUGAAAACAGCACAUAUGUUGAAAAUGGUCGUACAUUAUGGGGUAUUGAUGGCGUGGGAUUUGGAGGCUUCGCGCCGAAACCACCUCCGGAGGGAAGGAGAAUAGUCACGACCACUCGUUCGCAUUCUGACAGCAUUGUCCAGAGCGCCAUAAAGUCCUUAAAUCCCGACGAAGUAAUGCGCGUAGGCGGUGCCGGGCACAAGAUAAUUCUCCUGUUGGAGGGAAAAGCUCACGCAUAUGUAUUUGCCAGUCGCGGAUGCAAGAGGUGGGAUACUUGCGCUCCCGAAGCCGUUCUUCAUGCGAUCGGUGGAGUAUUAACUGAUCUCCACGGUGAACGCUAUUCGUAUAAUCGAGAAACAACAUAUGCAAACAUGAGAGGCGUACUGGCCACUGCGCCUGGCCAAUUGCAUCAAUGGUACUUGAGUCGUAUACCUGAUGAAGUAAAGCAAAAGUUACAAUAGGUAAUAUCGUGGAUCGAUAUGAUUUUUAUUUGUUUUUGCUCAAUACUUUUUCGGGUAUUUCUUAUAUUCAACGGUAUUUGUAUUUUUUUGCGCGUCGAAAGAUUUAAUAAUUGUUUCGUGUGGACGCGAGACGUAAACAUUCCGUAAUAAUUUUAUAUUUGUUGCUAUUCUGAUGUAAAAAAAAAAACAAUCUUGAAACAAUGUAAUUACAUAAUAAAAGAAAAAAAUUUAGUUAAAGGA